AUGAGCAGAGGUUUAAUGGAAAUCGAGAGGAAGCUACUUCGUCUUCUCCACGGCCACAAUACUCGAACCCGUUUACCCGAAAUCCAUGCCCAUCUUCUCCGUCACUUUCUUCAUGGUUCCAAUCUCCUUAUCGCUCACUUCAUCUCCAUCUGCGGAUCCCUCCGCUACUCUGAUUACGCUUCCCGCGUCUUCGCUCACAUCCAAAACCCUAACGUUCUCGUCUUCAACGCCAUCAUCAAAUGCUACUCUCUCGUCGGUCCGCCUCUACAGUCUCUCUCGUUCUUCUCUUCCAUGAAAACCCGCGGAAUUUGGGCCGACGAGUAUACUUACGCGCCUUUGCUCAAAUCAUGUUCGGGUCUUUCUGAUUUGCGGUUUGGGAAAUGCGUUCACGGUGAGGUUAUUAGAAUCGGGCUACACCGGCUUGGAUCGAUACGGAUUGGGGUGGUGGAGCUUUAUGCUUCGAGUGGGAGAAUGGGUGAUGCGCAGAAAGUGUUCGACGAAAUGCCUGACAGAAACGUGAUCGUCUGGAACUUAAUGAUUCGCGGGUUCUGUGAUUCUGGGGAUGUUGAAAGGGGUCUUAUGUUGUUCCGGAAGAUGAGUGAAAGGAGCGUUGUGUCAUGGAAUUCGAUGAUAUCGAGCUUGUCCAAAUGUGGCAGAGAUCGUGAGGCUUUGGAUCUUUUUUGCGAAAUGAUUGAUCAAGGUUUCGAUCCAGAUGAAGCGACUGUGGUCACAGUCUUGCCUAUCUCUGCCUCUCUGGGAGUUUUGGAUACAGGGAAAUGGAUUCACUCUACUGCAGAAUCAAAGGGCUUGGUUAAAGAUUUCAUAACCGUGGGAAAUGCUUUGGUAGAUUUCUACUGCAAAAGCGGUGACUUGGAGACAGCGACAUCAAUAUUUAGGAAGAUGAAGCAGAGAAACGUUGUUUCAUGGAACACAAUGAUAUCCGGAUCAGCGGUGAACGGAAAGGGAGAAUUCGGGAUAGACUUAUUCGAUACUAUGAUUGAGGAAGGAGAAGUAGCUCCAAAUGAAUCGACAUUUGUAGGGGUUUUGGCAUGUUGCUCAUACACAGGUCGGGUUGAGAAAGGAGAGGAAUUGUUUGGUUUGAUGACGGAAAAUUUUAAACUUGAGCCAAGAACUGAGCAUUACGGUGCGAUGGUUGAUCUACUGAGUAGGAGCGGGAGGAUCAAAGAAGCAUUUGAGUUUCUCAAAAGUAUACCUGUGAACGCUAAUGCAGCAAUGUGGGGUUCACUGCUCAGUGCGUGUCGCAGCCACGGAGAUAUAAAGCUAGCGGAGGUUGCAGCUAUGGAGUUAGUGAGGAUUGAGCCAGGGAAUUCGGGGAAUUAUGUGUUGUUAUCUAAUUUGUAUGCAGAGGAAGGGAGAUGGGAAGAUGUAGAGAAGGUAAGAACGUUGAUGAAGAAGAAAUCGCUGAGGAAAUCUACAGGCCAAAGCACCAUUUGUGGCAAUGUAUGA